AUGGAGAGAAAGCCAAGAAAAGAGCAGCAAAAACCUGCAAUUCCCUCAAUCCUGGAAUUUAACAGAAUUCCCAGAAGGAAUAACUGGCCCAAGAUCCACUUCAAGAAACGCUUUGAUUUCUGGGAAGCCCGGAGCCACGCAGUUCCCGUGGCCUGGAAUGCCCUGGAGCGGAUCCUGGAGCUCCCGAGCGGGGAGGGUGACGCGUCCGCUCCCACAUUCCCGGUGCGCGUGGGGCGGGAAGGCUUUGGAAGCGGGAAGCACUACUGGGAGCUGGAGCUGGGCCGGGAGCAGGACUGGGCGCUGGGAGUGCUGCGGGAGAACGCGGGAUGCGAGGCCCGGCCCAUUCCCAGCCAGGAUUCCUGGGCUCUGCGCCGAUCCCAGGGAGAGCUUUUCUCCAGCGCCGGAGCCCGUGGGCUCGGGAAGCUCCGCUGGAGCGGCUCCGCCCUCGGCGUCUUCCUGGACCUGGAUUGGGAAUGCCUGGAAUUCUACGACGUGGAGACUGCGGAGCUCCUGGAGAGGCUGGGUCUGAGCACCACAGGGAAUUCCCAGGGAAUGUUCUUCCCGUUUGUGUCCCAGGGGGAAGGGAUCAGGAUCCGCCCGGUGCCGAUCCCGGUCCCACUAAAGGGACUUUGA